AUGACUUACACAGUGUAUGAUGACAUCAUUACCAUUAAGCUCAUCCGAGAGGCCUGCAAGGUUCUAGGUGUCUCCAUGGAAACCAUUCUGAAACUCUUUGGAGAAUACUUCUUUAAGUUCUGUAAGAUGUCCGGCUAUGACAGGAUGCUACGGACACUGGGAGGAAGUCUCACGGAGUUUAUUGAAAACCUAGAUGCCCUCCACAGUUACCUCACACUGUCUUAUCAGGAGAUGAAUGCACCAUCAUUUCGAGUGGAGAGAGGAGCAGACGGGAAAAUACUUCUCCAUUACUACUCGGAUAGAAGCGGCCUGUGCCACAUUGUACCAGGUAUCAUUGAGGCUGUGGCCAAGGACUUCUUUGACACUGAUGUGACCAUGGAUAUCCUUGACAUGAAUGAAGAAAUGGAGAGGACAGGGAAGAAGGAGCACGUUGUGUUUCUGAUUGUGCAAAAGUCUCGCGGGGCAAAGCCAUACAAGUCGCAAGACAGUCAGGACGUUCAGAGAGACCAAGAGGCCCCCCAGGCAGCUUUCCUUAGGACAAAGGAGAAAUAUUUGAGUGUCUCUGCUUGUCCUGUGAAGAAGUCCCACUGGGAUACUGUGAGAAGUAUAGUCAUGUUUGGAAAAGGGCAUCUCAUGAACACCUUCGAGCCAGUUUAUCCUGAGAGGCUCUGGAUUGAAGAGAAGACGUUCUGCAAUGCGUUUCCUUUCCACAUUGUAUUUGAUGAAUCACUGAGGGUCAAGCAAGCCGGAGUGAACAUUCAGAAGUAUGUCCCAGGACUCCAAACCCAGAAGAUUCGAUUAGAUGAAUGUUUCUCCAUCAUUCAUCCUCAAGUUACCUUCGACAUUUUCAGCAUCUGCAAAUUUAUCAACAGUCCAUUUGUCCUGAAGACACGAAGGGAAAUGCUGCCUGAAGCAUGGAAAAGCCAGCCCACACUCAAACUCCGAGGCCAGAUGAUCUGGAUGGAGUCCAUGCGCUGCAUGAUGUACCUGUGCUCUCCCAAGCUCCGCAGCCUGCAAGAGCUGGAGGAGCACGACAUGCAUCUCUCUGACAUCGCCCCCCACGACACCACCAGGGAUCUCAUCCUCCUGAACCAGCAGCGGCUGGCAGAGAUCGAGCUGUCCAACCAACUGGAGACGAAGAAGGAGGAGCUGCGCGUGCUCUCCAAGCACCUGGCCGCGGAGAAGAAGAAAACGGAGACGUUGCUUUAUGCCAUGCUGCCUGAGCACGUGGCCAACCAGCUGAAGGAGGGCCAAAAGGUGGCUGCAGGAGAAUUUAAAACCUGCACAAUCCUUUUUAGCGACGUGGUGACAUUUACUAACAUCUGUGCUGCUUGUGAACCUAUCCAAAUAGUGAAUAUGCUCAAUUCAAUGUACUCCAAGUUUGACAGAUUAACCAGUGUCCACGAGGUCUACAAAGUAGAAACAAUAGGAGAUGCUUAUAUGGUGGUAGGCGGCGUCCCAGUGCCUGCUGUGAGCCAUGCUCAAAGAGUGGCCAAUUUUGCCUUGGGGAUGAGGAUUUCUGCAAAAGAAGUGAUGAAUCCUGUUACUGGAGAACCCAUCCAGAUAAGAGUGGGGAUCCAUACUGGACCAGUCUUAGCAGGUGUUGUGGGAGACAAGAUGCCACGGUACUGCUUGUUUGGAGACACUGUGAACACAGCCUCUAGGAUGGAAAGUCAUGGGCUUCCCGACAAAGUGCAUCUCAGCCCCACAGCUUACAGAGCCCUGGAAAAUCAAGGGUUUGUCAUCACUGAGCGGGGUGAGAUUGAAGUGAAAGGCAAAGGCAAGAUGACCACAUACUUUCUGAUCCGUAACUUGAAUGCCACAGAGGAGGAAAUCAUGGGGAGACCUACAACCUCCCUCGAUCGCAAGGAAGCAAGUGCCCAGGCAAACCAAGUCAGGAGCACUGUCACCGUGAUGAGGUACGCAGACAGUCAGCAGCAGCUCCCCUGCAGUGACGCAGCAGAUGCUUCUGACAAAUCCACACCUGCGGGGAAUCCAGUGGCAGGACGGGGCUCCGUGGAGGCAGCUGACCGACUGCAGUCCUCAGAUCGGACAAAGACCCAUCACUCUCCUAAUGUCACCGUGCCUGUGCCAUCUGGUUUCUGUGUUUUGUUGUAACAGAGGGAAAAGGAACUCCUGGGAUUAAUUCUCUCCCUACUUUGUUCUAUGGCGUCAAGGAAAAGAAACUUCUUUUCAUUUCUCAGCUCAAAACUUCCUCAGCUAUGUCUCUUUCUCAUUGUACCUUUGAGAAUAAAAGUCUAAAAAUGAGUCAUAAUCCUGA